CGGAGGAGGCCCGCUGGUCGCAGGAGAAAGUGGGGAGGACGGAGGAGGUCCACGGAGCGGAUGAGGAAGUCCGCUGGUCGGAGGACAGGGCUGGCUGGCGUUUGGUUCAUCGACGGAGGGCCUUUUUUUUAUGAGAGUGAAGGAACGACUCAAUCGUUCCGUCGCUCUCAUAUUUUUUCAUCUCGUUCAAUGUGCUUUUUUUGCCCCCUCCUCCUCCUACCCCUGUCUUUCGUCGUCCUCUGCCUAUCAUCCGAACUCUUUCACCUCUCUCCCGUCCAUUUCCUGUCCUCCGACCUCCUUCUGCUCCCUGUCCGCCCUGCUCCUACCCUCCGACCUCCCUGGCUCAGGAGCCAGCCCGGGGCCAUUGCCCGCGGAGCGGCGGCGCUACAUGCUGCGGCACGAUGGUGCGCCACGAGUCGUCCGCACCUUGCUUGUCGGAAAAGACGAGGCGGACUUCCGGACUCGGGGUCGGCUCGGCAUGGAACGGGUUGAGUGGUUCGCCCGCCCUAGUGAGCGGGACUGAUUGCAGCAAAGACGAAUUAAUAAAAAGCACAGCUGGGUGGAAACAUGCCCUGGCGCUGGACAACUGCCAUGGCAGGCGUGCGACUGCAUUACGGUUUCCCAUGCGUUGAAUAUCCAAAGUCGGAGGAUUGUGGGGGCGCAUUGGCGCCCCUUGGUCCUGGUGGUUUGUCUAGUCCUCGCAUCAGCCUGUUCGGUGUGGUGCACGGGGAGAACGACAUGCCGCCGCACAUGCACCCGCAGAUGUCGAGUUACACAAAAUAACUCAGCAGGGUUUUCAUCGUCCGGCCCGGACCUAUCGGAGUGAGUUGUGCAACAUCCUCGCACUUUUGGAUCAUGGUAUCUUCGUCAAGCAGGGUGGAGCUGCAUCUGGAUGCUUCCAAUUCUUUUACAUUUGGCCCGGCAAAUAGCAGCAGCCAAACAUCGACCCCGAGUAGGAAGCGAAAAGGUACUCGCUUGCCCCCUGUUCCAUCACACUACGAGUCUCCUCGGAACGAUGCUUCGGGCACGGGCAUCGGCAGUCGCAGCUCGAAGAAGUCGGAUGGUGGGGAGGAGGAUGCCGAGAGCGAAGACUCCGAGAUGGCUUUCACAUUUGGAACAGCUGGGCCAGAGUGUGGCACCAAAAAAGCUCUGACGCCACGGGAGCCCAAUUUUGCGUCGAAGUCACUGAUGGAGACAGUGCUAGAACAUGACUCAAGUUGUGGUGGGAAGCGCAGCAGUGACCCGCCAGCACCUCUCUUGAUGGAUUCGCAAGCUGCAGCUGAAAGAGAGAUGAACACCGUCGAUAGUCCUACAGGAGGAGGAGGAGAUCCCGGCUUGAAUGAUAGUUACAUGCAAUUCGGAAUUGGGCCGAAUUUUUUAGACGCGCCGCUUGUCAACUUAAACUCGUACUACGAGGCAGCGCCAGCAUUAGACGUGGCCCAACACACACCGGAGGAAGUAGGUUCAGGUUGUUUUGGAUUGGACCACUUUCGCGAUAGAGUCCAGUAUAAUUAUUACGCCACGCAGCUUCAUCCUGCCGGCACUCCUCUUUCGGCCGAUUUAUCAUUUUAUCCGGGGGGCAGUACGAAACUACCGGCGCAGUUGUACUCGCAGUACGAUGCUGCUGCUGGUUAUCUCGAGGAAGAUCGUCAGGCCGUGACUUAUCAACACCCGCCAUUUCCCAUAGACGCGUAUCGUUACCAGCAGCAGCCGCUUCAGCCAGCGGAUUGCUACAACAGUCGCGUGGAUGUAGAGCUCGGAGUGCAUGCACCGGGGAAAGUGCCCGAUUCUUCCGCGAUGAUAAGUCAUGACAUUGGCAAAUUGAGUACGGAGGAACUACAGCGCAUUCUUCGGCGUGAACAAAUAGCUGCUACGCGUGGACAUGAGUACGUUUAUUUCGCUCAUGAUGAUGUACGACGCGUCAAUAGUUUCAUUCCAAUUUUUUCACUUUGUUCUUGUUGUUGUUUACACUACAUGCAUCUCCCGCAGCGCGGAAUUAGCGGUUGCAAGAGUAAAAAAUACGAACUCAUACAAAUGGAAAGAGGGGCCUUUUUAAGGAGAAACGGGAUGUAUUAGUAAUGACGUUUCUUGGUGCACUGUUUUCAGGUCAGCGCAACACGAAGCAAGCUGCGGCUUCUCAGCUGCGGAAUCGGAUUGCUUCAGUGGCGAAGCUAAAGAGAUGGCAGUAGUGAUACGACACGCAAUGCUACGUAUUCGCAGCUCCUAAUAUGUUGGUUGACUUCGCAAUGUCCAACUCCAAAGCCCUGCCAAGUUGCUGGUGCGUCGCAUCUGGUGGCUCCCAGACCGCAUUCGUCCGCGCGUAAAUAUCUAUCGUGGUGGUUAAAAGUUUCUGCGCCACUACUUCGGGAGCGUUAGUGAGGGCGGCGCCAAUCCGCCACGGUACUUUGCGAACCUUGGUUGGCUUGGAUCGCCGAGUCUACGCCACCUAAAUGAUUAAGGCUGGUGGGGCCCCCUAAUGGCACGUCAGGACACGAUGACGGUAUUUCCUUCCCCGCCCCCCUGGGCCCAUGGGACGGCAAAGCGGCUCACUCUUGCACGGAAAACAGAGGUGCAGCUGCGCCGCACUGUAUUUUGGCCGCUUUUGCAUGGAAGGCCAAGGGACAGCUGCGCUGCAUUUAGGGCGCGGGCAGCGGUGGUAUGCGAACACUUUCUGGCGCGCGUUGCACCUGCCGCAUUAAUGCUUCGCGUGGGUUUGGACUUUCAAUUUCUAUUCCAAUGUUUAUUUCGCUUGUAAAAUUAAGUUCUUGCCUUUAGUUUUCGGCCGAUCGCCUGAAACAUGUGCACGACGGAACGCCCGCCCGUGCACGUCUAGGAAUAGUUUGCAGCUCCAGGGCUGCAAUAAAUAGCACAGUUGCUUUCGCUUCGCGCGCUGCCCUGCUGCUUUGCGCGCUCGCGAUUGAUUUGACCUUCGAAAAUAUUCCCAAAAUUGGACAAUCGCCAGAUCAAGAAAGAGUGCACAACCAAAGAAAAAGAAAAGCGCGCCCUCAAAUUUGAGGCCAAGAUCGGAAAAUCGCGUUCUCAAAAUCAGAAAAGCUCAGAAAGUAAAAUGGCUCAAAAGAGAUCAGAUUGGCGGCCGCGCAUGCGCCACGCGGUUGCUACAAAACCUCGGCUACGGUGCACUCCGUAGAUGAGGUCGCUACAAAGGUGUUGGUGAACUUUUUGCGCUCUUCGACAGAAGUGGCGUGAUAAAAUCUCUGGAGGUGAAGUCCUCACAUGAUAAUUGCCGAAGUCGCGCUUCGCUGCAGGUGAACUCUUGCAGUUGAUCCGACCACAGUAGAAGACGUGCUUCGGCCGAGCCUGAAGUGAGCGGAGCUCUUCACCUCGGCGGUCGGUGAACUCCGUCGGGCCAAGGAGUGCGUAGCGCCAGGAAGCAUGGGCGCAACCCGGCUUCCGGCAUGCGUGGAACUGCGUUGCUCUCCGAUCAUGGAUCAACGGAGCGCAGAGCCGUGAAAGGCGCGCGCUGCCCCCGCCCCCCAGGGGCCGCGAUUUUGUCAUACUCUCCCGGGUGAGUAUGAAAUUUGCCAGCCAGUGCAAACCUGUGCAAGUGAGGAGCCUCUCACUCGCUCACUGCGCGGCGCAGGGCUCGCCUCUGAGCCAAAGCGCGUGAUGUUAACUAUCUGAAAGGGGGGAAAACUCAUUCGGUUUUGGUUGAAAGUUUUUGCGGAUGGCUAGCUUACCCAGCCGCGACAUUGUAAGGAAGAUAUGCCGAAAAUGUGUGGCGCUGACGAUCGAUGAGCGCGACCAAGUCUCUUGUCGACGGGGUGCGUGCGAAAAACCUCUCCGCCAGACAUAUCGCGCUGGGCAACUUGCCGGCGCAUGCGCAUCAUCUGUGCACAGGUGUGGCGGUACUCGUUUGCGCCACUUAAUGGAGUUAGUGCGUGCCUCACGUUAGCCCCGUGGGCGGUGCUGACUGUCCCCCCCCGCAGGGAAAUGAAUCAGCAGAAGCAGGAGCAGCCGCUCUUCGCGCGUACGUGCGCGCAAGGGGCGGCGCGGAAUCGACGGGAUGGGGCGGAGCCGGUUGCUGCAGGCGCUUGCCCAUGGUCUUGUGGGGGGCUGGCGCCGUCGCGCUUCCAUUUGCCUGCUGGCAGGCUUGGGGUGUCACGGUCGCCAAUGGCUCAACGGCGCGGCUGCCUAGCCGUUGCCAGCACCUUGCCCAUGGCUGCCACUCUGUCGCUCGAGACUCGCCGAUGCUGGAAAACAAGAAGCAUUGCCUUCCACAUUCAUAGAGGCGCAUUGGAGAUCGUCGGGAGGCGGGCGAUCCUAAGGUCGAGGCCAACAAGCCCUGCUGUGUUGUCGUCUAAUGACCGAAACGUCGCGCGCCCCUCGGUGCAGGAUAGAUAAUGACGAUGAUGAUGAAUGGCCUGGCUGUUUGUCAAGCACCCACUUUGCGCCACAUAUCCGCACUUUUGCUGCUGCCAGACGUCUGGAAUCAGAAGCGGUUUUUCUAUCCUGCGUGCUCGGCUCUACCCAUCUCAAGGAAGUCCUCCGCAUUCAGUGUGCGUCUCGCCACGGCAGAUCCGGAAUUUCUGGCAGAAGCCUUGGCAGUUGCUUGCAGACGAAGCAGGAAAAGAUACCCACUCAUAUGAAGAGCGACUGGAGCCCGAUUAUUUCGCGACACAUAUCCCCGCUAUAUUUGCGUGUAGUGCUGGCUAAAAAACGUCAUGAAAGUGCACGUGACGCCGGUAGAUUGUCGAGUAUUGCUCAAGAAAAAAGAACGAACCCUCAGGACUGCGAUACUUGAACGCGUGAGCAGGCCCCAUUUUAAGUAACCCUCUGCACACUGCCAUGCCCCUGCGCAGCUUUGAUGAAUUGCCUUUCGUGUAAAUAGCCGAGCUCUGCUGCCGGAAAGAGUCGAGAAACGCAACAAGCAAGGAUAGGAACAAACUGUGGCUGCUGAGUAGCAGCUUUUAUGUGCAACGAGUUUGCGCGUUCGGCUUGUAGUUCGUCCACGAACAGCAAUCACUUUUUGAAUUUAAGAGUAUUUCCGGUAGUGUUUCGGCUCGAGGCGCCUCGUCGUUACGACUUUGCCGUCCCCUAAUUGCGAUCCGUGCGAAACAUCAUCUGUGCUCAGUGCAUUUCUUGAUCCGAGGUGGGCUUUAACCACGAAUUCGAUGCGC